AGUUUGUGUCCGGAGCGUCAGAGAAACGGUUGGCCAACAAGAAUAAAAAUAAAACCCCAUAAACGGAUUAAGUUUAACUAAAAAGAGAAAGAGAGGGAGAGACAGAAAGUGCGGCGGAAAUGCGAAAGGCAAUAAACUGGGAGCAGACACCUCGUCCCAUUAUCAUUUUUUUUGUUCCUUUUUUUCUUAAUUUCUAAAUGUGAAAGUGCAAAGUGAAAUGCCAAGUCAAUGGACAUUGGCUUAUCCCUCGUCCUCCUACUAUUAAUUAUCAUCAUCAUACUGGAUAUUUAACUACAAAUGACAGUGAAAGAGAAAGUGAAAAGUCAACAUAAGCCGAUAAUAUAAUAUAACAUAAGAUAAAUAUAAUUCACCACCUGUAGACAAACUCGAUAAAAAGAGAAGAAAAAAAAAACUCUGAUCUAUAAAAUGUAUUUCAACAAUUUUCUCUUGAUAUUCAUAUUUGUGUUUGGUUUGCUAACAAUCCAUGGCCGACUAGUGAUACCCUCUGCAUCGUCAAAAGUUCUCGACAAAUUGGGUAUCUCCAAUUUUGAUUUGGAAACCGAUGAAAACGAUAGUGGCCAAGAAACAGAAUCGAAUUCAGAGAGUCGCGAAUCGGAUGAUGAAACGGAUUUGAAAUCCAUUUUACUCAAAUACGAUACAGACGAUGGCAAUUCCUGUCUAUUGGAUUUAAUUAAAGAUGAAAUUUUAUGGUGGACAUAUCCAAAUGGUAGUCUAAAGGAGGUCAAUCUAAAAUACUCCAAGAACUUGUAUUUGGAUAUGUCGCAUGGUAAUCUAGGAGAAGAUGUUGAUUUGUUGCAACAAACGGAAUUGCAAUUUAGAUUCCUUGGCUUUAGGAAAGUGGAAAUAUUCUCGGCAGCCUUUAAUCAGUUAAGCUCAGUGCCUUAUGACACGCUUGGCACAAUUAGGAAAAGCCUUAAGUAUCUGUCAUUGCGAGGCAAUGCAUUUUCCGAUAUUUUACCCGAUGCUGAAGCAUUUGAGAGAUUUUUAAAUGAGACACGUUAUGAAACAGCUAACAAUAAUAAUCACAACCAACAAACACAACACGAAUGUGAGCAAAUAUUGGCAAUGAAUAACACUGAUCUAUAUAAUCGGGAAUGUAUAUUAUACAACAACAACAACAACAACACAAACACUAACACCAAUACACACAUUAGCCAAAAGACAUAUGAAGAUUUUUUGCGUUAUUAUGUGAAACAAUUGCAACUUCUUGGAAGACCAAAGAAGCAGACAAUGGCAUGGGCCACAUUUCCCAAAUUACCACGUCUCAUAGAAUUGGACAUUAGCAAUUGCAGCAUAGAGUAUAUAUCGAAAGAAACCUUUCAAAAUAUCACCAAUCUGAGAAGACUUUUCAUGUCAAACAACAAGAUAAUGGCCAUUAAUGGGGAUACGUUUGACUAUAUACAAAAAGUGCAAUAUUUGGAUUUAUCAUUUACCAAUGUUUUGAGUUAUAACUAUCAAUGGACCAAGACCACUUUGGAGAUGAUUGUGAAUCUUGUGUAUGGCUUGAAGGUACAUCAAAAUACGUUUAAACUGCUACCCGAGCUAGUCUAUCUGGAUCUAUCGCAUUCAAAAAUGACACGUAACAGUGCUGUGGCCUUUACUCAUUUGGGCAAUAAGCUGCGUUAUUUAAGUCUCUGCUAUACGGCAUUUCCCAUGGUUAGCAGUGCCAUAUUCAAGAAUACCGCACUCGAGGGUCUGGAUUUGUCGGGCAAUCCAUUCAUCUCGUAUAACAUUAUUGAUGAUGCCUUUGAUGGUAUAGCGGAUACAUUGCAAUAUCUAUAUUUUGAACGCUCCAAUUUAAAGAAUAUCGCUUGGUCCCGACCAUUGGCCAAGCUAAGGGUUCUUGGUUUGGCCGGUAAUAAUAUCAAUGCAUUGAGUCCCACCACAUUUGAGCCCCUCGAGAGUCUGCAAUUACUGGAUUUAAGCUCGAAUCAUGUGGGCAAUUGGUAUCGAAGUGUAUUUAGCAGAAAUUCGGCAUUGCGUUUCCUUAAUUUACGUAGCAAUAACAUCAAUGUUCUUACGAGUGAAAUGCUUAAGGACUUUGAGACAUUAUCCUAUCUGAGUUUGGGCGAGAAUAACUUUAUUUGUAGUUGUCUAUUGAGAGAUAUCAUCGAGGUGGCUGCUGGCAAUAAUAAGGAUGCAGAAUGUUCAUAUAACCUUUUCAAUCGUUACGAACUGAAUGAAAGUUACUCCAAUUUGACACACAAUCUUUGGCUGGAACGCUAUGUGCCACAGCUUACGGAGAGUUAUCACAAUUUGCUGAAUUACAAGCGGGUAAAUCAAAAAUUUAAACUACGCUUCUUCUCUCAGCUCAAUUACAAAUCCUUGUUGACCAAAUGUCCGGCUGAGCAGCCAUAUCAAUUGAACGAAUUUCUUAAUGAUACGACACUAAAAUUCCAAUUGCUCGACUAUGAUGCGCAGCAUUAUUGGUGUUUCAAUGAGACAGAUCAAGUUCUGUUGGUAGAUCAAUUGAACUGUCAGUCACGUACGCUUAUUAUCCUUGAAACGGAAUUGCAUAGCGUGACCACAAUAGUCAUUGCAGUGGUGGCCUCUAUAGCGGGUAUAUCCAUGCUGGCAUUGAUCAUUUAUCUCAAACGUUGGCACAUCCAUUACUAUUAUUCGUCAUUGAAAUCCGCUGCCCUGCUAUCAAGUGCAUCCAAGGAGAAUCCUCCAUUGUUGACGCCUUUACAAGAUCCCAAUGUGGUUUACGAUAUAUUCAUUAGCUAUUGCCAAAAUGAUAGAUCCUGGGUUUUGGAAGAGCUGCUGCCAAAUGUAGAAGAAACUGGCGAUAUAUCAAUAUGCCUGCAUGAGCGUGACUUUCAGAUCGGUGUCACAAUAUUGGAUAACAUUAUCUCCUGCAUGGAUCGUUCGCAUUCCUUGAUGCUAAUCAUAUCAUCAAAAUUUCUACUAAGUCAUUGGUGUCAAUUCGAAAUGUAUUUGGCCCAACAUCGCAUCUUUGAGGUCAGCAAGGAACAUUUGAUACUUGUCUUCUUAGAGGAUAUUCCACGCAGUAAGCGACCCAAGACAUUGCAAUACCUAAUGGAUGUGAAAACUUAUAUAAAAUGGCCAGCCGGUAAAGGUGAUAAACAACCAAAAUUAGAGGAGCGUAAACUAUUUUGGAAACGCCUAAGAAAGUCAUUAGAGGCAAUUGGCAUACAUUCCACAGAAUGGCGGCUCUGAUAGAAUCUAAAACUUACUCAAUAAGAGGAUCCUAGUCAGUUAUUUAAGUACCUGAAGUUUAUUUAUAUAUGUACAUACAUACAUACAUAUUUGGCAAUCCGUUUGCCUAAUUGGACACCAUUAUUUUUUACCUCCGAAAUUCGGGGCUUGACCUAAGAUAAAAUGAAGAAAAUGUUUUUAAGUACUUGUGUAGAAAUUCAUAUAACCGCGAUUAGCUUACC